AAGCUAUGUGAAUUGGGAGAGAGUGUAGACCCAUCCGUCCCUCGUUUCCUUGAAGGAAAUGGAAUUAAAGUUUCUUUUUCACGGACCAAAAGGAAUCUAAUGCAAACUCCUUUUCUCCACCACGAGAAAGAAAGAAAUUUCCCAAAAGGCUAAAAACCAAGUGGUCAUUUUCUUUAUGUUAUCUUCUGCAAACAGUUGAAAGGGUGGUAUGGCUUGGCCUGUGUAUCCUUUCUUCAUUUCCUCUACUUUCACAAGAUGCUCUUCUUCAUUCAUUGCAUGUGGAGCCUCGUUUAAGCGACAGUUGCCCUCUUUGCCUCCUGUUCCCUCUAUAUCAUCUGGUUUGCUGUGGGUUUCCUUUGAUAGUUCUCUGUUUCUUCCCCUGUGCCUCGCUUAACUCCCACGAGCUGUGAUCUAAUUUUUAUUCCUGAAUUCCAAUAUUCCUUAUCCCUGCAACUUUCCCAAAAACUUUCUCACAUAAAAAGAAUCAAUUCCACUUUGAAAGGUUGAGCUAGCAAUCAUUACUAGCUGAUGGCCUUUCACUCUUACCACUUUUGCUCUCAUUUUCACAACUUCCCGCUGGAUUCUUGAAUUCUCUGCGUUUUCUUGAUUAAAACAUCUGCUGGGUACUUACUCAACUCUACUAAUUAUUACUGUUUUUUUAUCAUCGAAUAUAGGCAACGAUGCCACCUUCGCACUUUCCUCUUAGGUGGGAAAGCACUGGAGAUCAGUGGUGGUAUGCGACACCCAUUGAUUUUGCAGCUGCUAAUGGCCACUAUGACUUGGUGAGGGAACUUCUUUACCUUGACACGAAUCUCCUAAUCAAACUCACUUCCCUUCGUCGGAUUCGUCGGCUAGAAACUGUUUGGGACGACGAGGAGCAGUUCAAUGAUGUUGCCAAAUGUCGUUCUCAUGUAGCCAGGCAGCUCCUGCUAGAAUGCGAAACAAAAAGAGGUCACAACACUCUCAUUAGAGCUGGAUAUGGUGGUUGGCUUUUGUACACUGCUGCCUCGGCUGGUGAUGGGAGCUUUGUCAAGGAAUUGUUGGAGAGAGACCCUCUUCUUGUUUUUGGAGAAGGAGAAUAUGGUGUUACUGACAUAUUUUAUGCCGCGGCCAGGAGCAGGAACUCUGAGGUUUUCAGGCUCUUGCUUGAUUUCUCUAUUUCACCACGUUGUGGCCUUGGCUCUGGAGGAGAGUUGGUAGAGCAGCAGAUUGAGAGUCAUUCGGAAUUUAACUGGGAGAUGAUGAAUAGAGCUGUCCAUGCUGCGGCUAGAGGUGGGAAUUUGGAGAUCUUGAAGGAGCUUCUAGGAGAUUGCUCUGAUAUUCUGGCUUAUAGAGAUGCUCAAGGGUCCACGGUCUUACAUGCUGCCGCAGGGAGGGGGCAGGUCGAGGUGGUUAAGGAUCUUAUUACAUCCUUUGAUAUCAUUGCCUCCAAAGAUUAUCAAGAGAACACAGCACUGCAUGUGGCUGCUUACAGGGGUUACUUAGCUGUGGCAGAGGUUCUGAUACUUGCAUCUCCCUCACUCGCAACCUUUACAAACAGCUAUGGAGAUACUUUUCUCCAUAUGGCAGUGUCAGGUUUUCGAACCUCUGGUUUUCGAAGAGUGGAUUGGCAGAUUGAGCUCAUCAAGCAGUUAGCAAGUGGUAAAAUUUUGAAUAUCAAAGAUGUCAUCAAUGUCAAGAACAAUGAUGGAAGAACAGUUCUUCAUUUGGCUGUAAUCGAGAAUAUUCAGUCUGAUCUGGUGGAACUUCUCAUGACUGUACCAUCAAUCAACUUAAAUAUCCGUGAUGCAAAUGCCAUGACUCCACUAGAUCUCCUCAAGCAACGACCGAGAUCAGCAUCUUCUCAAAUCUUAAUAAAGGAGCUGAUUUCAGCCGGGGGGAUCUCUAAUUGUCAGGAUAACAUAGCUAGAAGUGCUAUGGUUUCCCAUCUGAAAGGGCAUGGUAUAGGAAUGAGUCCUGGCACUUCUUUUAGAAUUCCAGAUGCAGAGAUAUUCUUGUACACUGGUAUCGAGAACGCAUUUGAUGCCAGUUGUGAUGACACAAGUGUUGGUGACAAUUCAUGCUUUAGCGAUCCAAGUGAUAUUGACAUGGGUAACUCACUGGACAACAAAAAAUCAGGUUCUGUAAAUAAUACUGCAAGGCGUCUCAGGUCUCUCCUUCAGUUGCCCAGGAGGAAAGAGAAAAAAGCUGCUUUUAUGGAAUUAGAAGAUGACGACCCUUUGAACUCAUUUAAUUUAUGCCAAACCUUGGAAGACCGUCCAAUUCCUCUCCGGCAGAGAUACUCAAAACUGUUUUCCUUCUCAACCAACAAAAGGACAUUUUCUGGAAGGAGCAGUCUUCCAAGUCCAUUAACUAGAAAGAAAUUUACCAUCGGGCUAAUGCAUGGUGUUAUUCAGGCAAAACAACAUUUAGCCGUUUCACCUUCAAGUCCCUUUCCAAGGUCAUCCCUGUCUUCGCCCAUUUCAUUGGAUAAAGAAAAGGACAUCGAUAUUGCAGGAACCUCAUACUCAAAUCAGCCAUUAAAACAUAAGCAAGCAUCCUUCAACAAGAAGUUGAUGAACCAGUACUUUUGUUUUGGUGCACAAGGUCUAACAGUGGAAGCUUCAGGGACAAAUCAGAGCUACAAGCAUGCCAAUCCAUUAGUAGCCUGAAUUGAUUGUAAAAAGACUUGGGAGUUUUGGCAGGAUCCUCAGAGAGUAGAAUUUUUGUUUAGGAAUCCAAGGUGUUCGUUCCACAUUUUAGUUUUAUUGUGUGUGUGUAUACUGAUUGUCUUAGUCUGAAUAAUGUUUAAAGGAGUUUUAUUAAUAAAUAUCGAAACUCUGCUAUUACAUUUCUUAA